UCAGCUAUGUCUAUAGCUACAAAACCAGGGGUUGGGUCUAAUGAAGAAGAAACUGAGCUCAGAAGAGGACCUUGGACUCUGGAAGAAGACAGUUUACUCAUACACUGUAUCGCUCUUCACGGUGAAGGUCGUUGGAACAUGUUGGCCAAAAGUGCAGGAUUGAAAAGAACAGGAAAGAGUUGCAGACUGAGGUGGCUCAACUACUUGAAACCAGACAUCAAGAGAGGGAAUCUGACUCCACAAGAGCAACUUUUGAUUCUUGAACUCCAUUCCAAAUGGGGAAACCGGUGGUCGAAAAUUGCUCAGCGUCUGCCCGGAAGAACAGACAAUGAGAUCAAGAAUUACUGGAGGACAAGAGUUCAGAAACAGGCACGCCAGCUCAACAUUGAGUCCGGUAGUGAGAGAUUCAUCGAUGCUGUUCGAUGUUUCUGGAUGCCUAGGUUGUUACAAAAGAUGGAACAAAACUCUUCAUCAUCUUCCUCUUCCUCUGUCAUGAACAUGAACUCUCAGAAUUCUGCAAUUAAUGUCCCUUCCCUGUCUCCUUCACUAGGAGAAUUCACAGAUAUUGCAGCAAAUCACACAAGAACCCACACCACCACCACCACCUACAACAACAAUUUUGAUUUCCCAGAUCAUUAUUCCCUGCCAUUACAAGAACCGUUUGAAAUAUCAGAAAACCCGACAAGUACUGCCCUUCCUCAAGUGUCUGAGAACUACAACAAUGAUGUUUGCUUCAAUCCAGUUCAAGAUCAUAGUUAUGGCAUGGAAGGGCUAAAUUUGGAGCCAUUUUCAAGAACUGAAAGUAAUUAUGGGAUUCCCAAGUUUGAUUAUUGUCAGAGUUCAGAAAGUGAAUGGAUGGGAGAAUAUUCUCUGUGGAACUUGGAUGAAAUGUGACAGUGAAGAACCGAAAAGAGAAGGGAAAAGCGUCUCAAGUUGUUUUUAUCUUGGGAUGCCUUCAAGGAAAAGAAAACAAAGACUCUUUUAUUGAAUAUAAUUACGGUCAGAGAGACCUAAUUGGCUCCUUGAUGAGCUUACUUGUCUACUUGAUAUAUAGAUUAUGCUACUAUAGGUUUUAAGGGUAAUUAAUUUAUGUUAUGAGAUAUGUUCAGUUUAGCAAUCUAAGUAUGAUUAGUAGAUAAUGAGUGCCUUUUUAAUCUGUUCAGGAGUAUUAUAGUUAAAAGUUAUUGUAAUUGGAUAGAUGUUGUGAUGUUAAUUGAGAGUACACUUUGUAGAUGGGCUCUUUUUCACUUUUA